AUGCUCGCGCACGUUGCCCGGCGCGGGGCCGCCUGCCUCCCCCGGCUAGGGCGGCCGCUGGUGGCCGCCGGGGUCCAUGCUCUGGGCCCGGCUGGCCGGCCGUUCUCCUCGGAUGCCGGGUCCGGCUCGGCCCCCCCGCCGACCGUCGGGUCGGGACUCUCGCCGGCGGAGCAGGCCGGGGCGCCGGUCUCGCACGACCGGUUCCUGCAGUAUCUCAUCAGCAAGAUCCGCCUGCAGGGGCCCCUGUCGGUGGCGGACUUCAUGAAGGAAUGCCUGACCAACCCGGUGGCCGGGUUCUACAUGCACCACGAUGCCCUGGGCCGGGCGGGGGACUUCGUCACCAGCCCCGAGGUGAGCUCCCUCUUUGGGGAUUGUGUCGGCACCUGGGUGACCAAUGUGCUGCUGGGUUUCGAGGGGCAAGGGGCGGCCGGUGCCGGUGCCGGUGCCGGUGCCGGGGGAUCGCCCUUCCGGCUGGUGGAGCUGGACCCCGGCAAGGGGACCCUCAUGAAGGACGUCCUGCGGGUGGCGCGGCGUCUGUACUCCGGCCGGGGGGUCUCCCUGGGGGACCGCCUGUCGCGGGUGCAAUUGGUCGAGGCGUCGCCGACCCUGCGCGCGGUGCAGGCGGCCGCCCUGCAGGUGGACCCGGCCACCGGGCGCACGCCGGACGGCGUGGCCGUCAGCUGGUACGGCUCGCUGGAGGAGAUCCAAGCCGAAGACCGGGAGUUGGCGGCCGCCGGCCGGCCGGCCGAGCGAUUUGUCCUGCUGGCACACGAGUUCCUGGAUGCGCUGCCGGUGUUCCAAUUUGUCCGGCCGCCCGGGGGGGCCUGGUCCGAGGUGCUGGUCAGCCUGUCCCCGCGGCUGGUGGCCGAGCUGGACCCGGUCGGCCCGGCCGGCGGCGAGGCUGGCUCGGGGCCGGCAUUGCCGCCCAUGCCGGAGCUCUCCGGCGAGGAUGCCGAGCAUGAUCUCUGCUUCACGCUGUCCGAUGGCCCGACGCCGAACUCCUCCCUGGUGAGCAUGUUUGCCGGGCCGGGCGGUGGCGCGCCGGCCACCGUCACCCACGCCCCGGCGUCGUCGUCGUCGGCGGCGGCGGCGGCGACGACGACGACGACAGACCCGGCGCCGGAGGACGAUCGCAUCGAGAUCAGCGCCGCGGUGGCCGACGUCAGCGCCCGCAUCGCCCAGAUGGUGGAGGACCACCGCGGUGUGGCGCUCAUCGUGGACUACGGCGUGGAUGGGCCGCUUCGCUCGUCGGUUCGGGGCAUCCGCCAGCACCAGUUCGUGCAUCCCCUGCUGCAGCCGGGCACGGUGGAUCUCAGUGCGGAUGUGGACUUCUCGCUGGUCCGCCGGGCGGCCAUGCACAUGCCGCUGGCCUUCGACCUGGACGCCACCACCGGGUCCUCGGUGUCGGGGCUGGACCAGUCGCUCCGGGCCCAGCGCGCCGGCGAGGGCCAGGAAGAUCCGGCGGCGGCGGCGGCGGCGGCCAUUGCCUCGCGGCUGGACGCCGCGGCCCCCCUCCGGCGCCAGGUCAAUGUGUCGGGCCUGAUGACGCAGCACGAGUUCCUCCGCGACAUGGGGAUCGGGGUGCGGCUGCAGCAGGUGCUCAAGCUGGACUCCGCGCGCCAGGCGGCGGCGGCCAAGGCGGCGGCCACCGGCGAGGCCCUCCCCCCAGGGGCGCCGGCGCCGAUGUCGCGCGAGGACCGGGCCGCUCUGAUCUCCGGCGUCCGGCGCCUGGUGGACCUGGACCAGAUGGGGCAGAUCUACAAGUUCAUCGCCAUCAGCCCGAGCGAUGGCAGCCCGGAGCCCGGGCCGGAUGCCCUGCCGUAUCCCUUCCGGCCGCAUGCGCCGGCCGGCGGCAAGCCCCGCGAGUAGAUGCGUCUCUCUGUCUCUCCCUCCGCCCAUCCCCUGGUCGGUCUCUCGCUCGGUCGCUCGGUCGCUCGGUCUCUCUCUCUUUCCGGGCUCCCGGCCUCUGGCGUCCCCCGGGUCGCGGGGUGCCUUGGGGCGUCGGAUGCCUCGCUGGCUUGCCCCCGCCGGCCACGGGCCGCGUCUCCCCACCCCCCUGCCUCGGUCCAGCCCGUGGGCGCCCCCUUUCACGGGCACCGGCGCGCUCCGGAGCCGCAAAUACACCUCCCCCAUAGAUUGGCCGUGCCCG